GCGGAGCCGACGGGGCGGAGAGGAGCGCGGCGGGAGGAGGAGUAGGAGAAGGGGGCCGGUCAAGGGAAGUGCGACGUGUCUGAGGAGCCUUUUUAUACCUCCUUCCCUGGAGCCCGGCAGCCACCGCCGCCAUCCACGUCUCUGCGCCCUGGACCCGGGCUCUGUCACAACCGCAGCAUGUCGGGGGUCAAGAAGCAGAAGACGGACCAGCAAAAAUCCACCAAUGUGGUCUACCAGGCCCAUCAUGUGAGCAGGAACAAGAGAGGACAAGUGGUUGGAACCAGGGGAGGAUUCCGAGGAUGUACCGUGUGGCUAACAGGUCUCUCUGGUGCUGGGAAAACAACCAUAAGCUUUGCUUUGGAAGAGUACCUUGUAUCUCACGCCAUCCCAUGUUACUCUCUGGAUGGGGACAAUGUCCGUCAUGGCCUUAAUAAGAACCUGGGAUUCUCUGCGGGGGACCGAGAAGAGAAUAUCCGCCGGAUCGCGGAGGUGGCCAGGCUCUUUGCCGACGCCGGCCUGGUUUGCAUCACCAGCUUUAUCUCUCCUUUUGCAAAGGAUCGUGAGAAUGCCCGAAAAAUCCACGAAUCAGCAGGACUCCCGUUCUUUGAGAUCUUUGUAGAUGCGCCUUUAAAUAUCUGUGAAAGCCGAGACGUAAAAGGACUCUACAAACGAGCCCGAGCAGGAGAGAUUAAAGGGUUUACAGGCAUCGAUUCUGACUAUGAGAAACCUGAAACUCCAGAGUGUGUGCUGAAGACCAACCUGUCUUCAGUAAGCGACUGUGUGCAACAGGUGGUGGAACUUUUGCAGGAGCAGAACAUUGUACCCCACACCACCAUCAAAGGCAUCCACGAACUCUUUGUGCCAGAAAACAAAGUCGAUCAAAUCCGAGCUGAGGCAGAGACUCUCCCAUCACUACCAAUUACCAAGCUGGAUCUGCAGUGGGUGCAGAUUCUGAGUGAAGGCUGGGCCACUCCCCUCAAAGGCUUUAUGCGGGAGAAGGAGUACUUGCAAACUCUACACUUCGACACUCUACUGGACGGCGUGGUUCCCCGUGAUGGAGUCAUCAACAUGAGUAUUCCCAUUGUAUUGCCCGUUUCUGCGGAUGACAAGGCACGGCUCGAAGGGUGCAGCAAAUUUGCCUUGAUGUACGAAGGUCGGAGGGUCGCUCUAUUACAGGACCCUGAAUUCUAUGAGCAUAGGAAAGAGGAGCGCUGUUCUCGUGUGUGGGGAACAGCCACUGCAAAGCACCCCCAUAUCAAAAUGGUGAUGGAAAGUGGGGACUGGCUUGUUGGUGGAGACCUACAGGUGCUAGAGAGAAUAAGGUGGGACGAUGGGCUGGACCAAUACCGCCUUACGCCUCUGGAGCUCAAACAGAAGUGUAAAGACAUGAAUGCUGAUGCCGUGUUUGCAUUCCAGUUGCGCAAUCCUGUCCACAAUGGUCAUGCCCUCCUGAUGCAGGACACCCGCCGCAGGCUCCUGGAGAGGGGUUACAAGCACCCAGUCCUCCUGCUCCACCCUCUUGGGGGCUGGACCAAGGACGAUGACGUACCUCUGGAAUGGAGGAUGAAACAGCAUGCAGCUGUACUGGAGGAAAGGGUCCUGGAUCCCAAGUCAACUAUUGUUGCCAUCUUUCCAUCUCCUAUGUUAUAUGCUGGUCCCACAGAGGUCCAGUGGCAUUGCAGAUGCCGGAUGAUUGCAGGAGCCAAUUUCUACAUUGUGGGUAGGGAUCCCGCAGGAAUGCCCCAUCCUGAGACAAAGAAAGACCUAUAUGAACCCACCCACGGGGGCAAGGUCUUGAGUAUGGCCCCUGGCCUUACCUCUGUGGAAAUAAUUCCGUUCCGAGUGGCUGCCUACAAUAAAAUUAAAAAGGCCAUGGACUUUUAUGAUCCAGCAAGGCACGAGGAGUUUGACUUCAUCUCAGGAACUCGCAUGAGGAAGCUCGCCCGGGAAGGAGAAGAUCCCCCAGAUGGCUUCAUGGCCCCGAAAGCGUGGAAAGUGUUGACAGAUUACUACAGGUCUCUGGAGAAGACCAACUAGGUGCUCCUGGCUCUGGCUUCUUCCUCAAGUGCUCUCUGACGAUUUUUUUUUUCUAUUUUUGUGAUUUAGCUGCUCUGUAUCCAAUUGCUUCUCGGUGACUUUUUAAAGCUAGUAUUUUUGCAAUGAAGUAAAAAGCUGUAACCAUAAUUUAAAACCAAGUUCAUUAUGUCUAUGAAGCUCACACUGGAGACUGAGUCUUAGGUGAAAGCAAUAUCGUUGUACGUUCCAGAAUGAAAGCAUUUGCACUGUACACUUCAUCUCAGCCACUAUGUCUCAGAUUUCUUAAAAAUGUAACUGUGUGGCUAGCUGACUAGCCCAGAACAGAAUCAUACUUUCCAGCUUACUUGUGCCAGCCUGGAAUCUCAAUGUCACUUACCAAAAGAAAACACACACACACACACACACACACACAUACAUACACACACACACACACACAUAUACAUACACACACACUGUCGCUUUGAAGGAAAUGUGUUAUAUCAGGACUCUUACUUCAUAACUACACAUACCAUCACUGCCCAAUGUACGAGCUGAAGAUGCAACUGGAAGAAAAAUUCAUGUGAAGAUGUAAAUUAAGUCUUAAAGAACAAUGUAAUUUAUGUCUGCCAUGAAAAUGUCAUCAUCCAAUAGAGAGAGACGCUCUAAUGGCCUUCUAUGAAUAGUUACUCUAGUUUGGCUGGCACUUUUCAAAAGCAUGGUAUGCUUGGAUCAAAACAACCCCCCCCCCAGACUAAACCACCAGGGUAUAUUGUAGACUACUUUCCCCACACUUUGCUGUGGCCAUAGUUAUUAUAGAAGCACCUAAGUGAUCGCUGUAAUCAAAACCAACCCACAUUAUUAAUGAGAAGCUAAAACUUGAUUUCUGUAGCAAAGAUAAAAUCCAAACAUCAUCCUAGUGAAGAUAUAUACACAUAAGCUUUGAGAGCUGCUGAGCACUGUAAUAUACAAAGUUGACAUUAGUGAAUACUGCCGACACUGAAAGACUGACCAUCCUCCUAAGCUAGGGCCCUGCCUACCCUAGACAACACAGGAAGAGGUUCCGAUUUCCUGAAGCUACUUAGUGAAGCUCUCCUUGAGGAUGCUAAGAAGCAACCACCUUGGAGACCGAAGGUUUAGGGUAUCCCAAACUCUUGAUGUUAUAAGUUUCCAGAAUGAACCUGUUGUGAGAUGUCCUUUGAUGGUUUAUUUGCUAAGAGGGAAUUUUGGUAUUUUAUGCAUGGUUCAUUGUUGCCAAGAAAUACAUAAGAGAAAAGGCAUCUUUACAUACAGGUUUCUUUGGAAGAGACCACAGACUGAAAAGAGAAACUGAUUUUUUUCAUACUGCCACGUUUUUUAAAAAUGCUAGGAAAAGCUCUACUGAGAGUAAGUUAUAUACUGUGACCACAGCAAAGUGAGUCUUCGACUGUAUGGCGCCUGUGCUCACUUACAUCAGAGCUAUUUAUUCACUGCUGCCUUUAAAACUAUGUCUUCACUGAAAACGUGACAGGGUUGUAGUGCCUUCUUAGCAUAUGAAGUUGUGAUUUUAAGACAGUAGAGUGCCUUUCUGCUGUAGCACACAGCAUAACUGUUUCAGUGUCCCGCUGGUACCUGUUCUUAUUCAAUAAAUCUCUCAAAAGAC